GUAUCAGUAUCGUAUCGGGAGUGAUAUUUCUACACUUUGUUUUAUGGUUUUUAUAUAAAGUGGCAAAGAAAAGAAGGAAAAUUCAACGCAAGCAAAAGUUCUUCAAACUAAAUGGUGGUUUAUUGUUACAACAACAAUUAUGUUCAAGUGAAGUCAAUGUAGACACAGUCAAGCUGUUCAAUUCAAAAGAGCUACAGAAGGCGACCAAUCGGUUUCAUGUAGAUAGAAUUCUUGGUCAUGGGGGUCAAGGUACCGUUUACAAAGGUAUGUUGACCGAUGGAAGGAUUGUUGCUGUUAAAAAAUCCAAAAUAGUGGACGAGAGCAAAAUUGCAGAAUUCAUCAAUGAGGUUGUCAUUCUUUCUCAAGUUAAUCACAGAAAUGUGGUUAAAUUGCUUGGAUGCUGCUUAGAAACUGAAGUCCCUCUUCUAGUUUAUGAAUUCAUACCAAAUGGAACUCUUUCACAAUAUAUCCAUAACCAGAACGAGGAGUUUCCGCUUACAUGGGAAAUGCGGCUGCGCAUUGCCAUAGAAAUUGCAGGAGCUCUUUCUUACCUGCAUUCUGCUGCUUCCUUUCCCAUAUAUCACCGCGACAUAAAGUCUACAAACAUCCUCUUAGAUGAGAAGUACAGAGCAAAAAUAGCAGAUUUUGGAACUUCAAGAUCAAUUUCCAUUGAGCAAACUCACAUCACGACUCUUGUACAUGGCACAUUGGGUUACUUGGAUCCUGAAUAUUUCCAAUCAAACCAGUUCACUGAGAAGAGUGACGUUUAUAGCUUUGGAGUGGUCCUUCUUGAGCUGUUGACCGGAGAAAAAGCAAUUUCUAUGAGAUCAGAAGAAGUAGGAAGAAGUCUAGCCACGCAUUUCAUUGUCUCAAUGCAGGAAGGUCGUCUAUUCGACAUUCUUGAUGGUCAUGUAUUAAAGGGUCCGAAAGAAGGUGUAAUGGUGGUUGCUAAUCUUGCCAAGAGAUGCCUGAAUUUGAAUGGAAGGAAACGACCUACCAUGAAAGAAGUGACAAUGGAGUUAGAGGGGAUUCAAAUGUUAGGGAAAGCGACUACUUCUAUUAAUGUUCCACAAAAUCAUGAAGAAGUUGAAUGUGUCAGAACUCAAGUUAUUGAACCAUGGGAUGUUACUUCCAUUUCAACUGGCUCAGCUUAUGAUACUGGUCGUGAUUCAUCCUUGCAUGAAUUACCUUUAUUGUCUUUUAGCUCGUAGGUUUAUGAUUUGGGACUCCAGCUAAUUUAGUAUGUGUUGCAUUUCACUUAUUGUUGCCUGAUAAAUAUGAGUCCAUAUCAAUGUCGACCUUGUCCAUUACUUUAUGGAAAGUAAUGAGACUUGAUGUGGCAGACUAUAAUUGCAAAUUCCAUCGAGUCAAUAGUAAAAAACAAUUUGUUUUUGGGUCAAAAUAGUUAAAAAAACAACAAUAAAACGAAAAAGUGGAGAAUAAAUAUUAUUGGGCUUGUCAGGAGAAGAAUUAUUAAUUGAACCCUUCAAGAUUGAAAUGUAA